AUGGUUUCCCAGGGCUCCUCGCCCUCCUUGCUGGAGGCCCUGAGCAGCGACUUCCUGGCCUGUAAAAUCUGCCUGGAGCAGCUGCGGGUGCCCAAGACUCUGCCCUGCCUGCACACCUACUGCCAGGACUGCCUGGCCCAGCUGGCCGAGAAUGGCCAUGUCCGCUGCCCCGAGUGUCGUGAGACUGUGCCUGUGCCACCUACUGGCGUGGCGGCCUUCAAGACCAACUUCUUCGUCAAUGGGCUCCUGGACUUGGUGAAGGCACGGGCCUGCGGAGACCUGCACGCAGGGAAGCCAGCCUGUGCCCUGUGUCCCCUGGUGGGAGGCACCAGCACUGGGGGGCCGGCCACAGCCCGGUGCCUGGACUGUGCUGAUGAUUUGUGCCAGGCCUGUGCCGAUGGGCACCGCUGCACCCGCCAGACCCACACCCAUCGAGUGGUGGACCUGGUGGGCUACAGGAGAGGGUGGUAUGACGAGGAGGCCCGGGAGCGCCAGGCGGCCCAAUGUCCCCAGCACCCGGGAGAGGCUCUGCGCUUCCUGUGCCAGCCCUGCUCGCAGCUGCUGUGCCGAGAGUGCCGCCUGGACCCCCACUUGGACCACCCCUGCAUGCCCCUGGCCGAGGCAGUGCGCGCCCGGAGGCCGGGCCUUGAGGAACUGCUGGCAGGCGUGGACAACAACCUGGUAGAGCUGGAGGCUGCCCGCAUGGCGGAAAAGGAAGCGCUGGUCCGGCUGCGGGAGCAGGCAGCCAGGGUGGGGACGCAGGUGGAGGAGGCAGCUGAAGGGGUCCUCCGGGCUCUGCUGGCCCAGAAGCAGGAGGUGCUGGGGCAGCUACGGGCCCACGUCGAGGCUGCUGAGGAGGCUGCUCGGGAGAGGCUGGCAGAGCUAGAGGGCCGCGAACAGGCGGCCAAGGCUGCGGCUGCCUUCGCCCGUCGGGUGCUCAACCUGGGUCGCGAGGCCGAGAUACUCUCACUGGAGGGGGCGAUUGCCCGGAGGCUUCGGCAGCUACAGGGAUGCCCCUGGAUGCCGGGGCCAGCGCCCUGCCUGCUGCCCCAGUUGGAGCUUCAUCCUGGUCUCCUGGACAAGGACUGCCACUUGCUCCGGCUUUUCUUUGAGGAGCAGCAUCUCCAGGAUGGUGGGAAAAAUGUAGCUGGUACCCAGGGAGGUGAUGAAACCCAGAGCCAGAGAGACAAUGGAGCCAAGACAGUGAGACAGAAUGGAAACCAGCCCCAGUGUAGGGAGGGGGCUCAGACCCCAAAAGACAACAAAGCCCAGAUGCCCCGAGAAGAUGGAGCCCAGACCCCAAAAGAGGGCAGAGCCAAGAUGUCCCAAGAAGACAGAGCCCAGACCCCGAACAAGGACAGAGCUCAGAUGCCCCAAGAAGAUGGAGAAGCCCACAUCCAGAGGGGCAGCCAAUCCAACAAGAAGAGGAAGUUCAAGGGCAGGCUCAAGUCAAUUUCCCGGGAGCCCAGCCCAGCACCUGGGCCAAACCUGGAAGGCUCUGGCCUCCUCCCCAGGCCCAUCUUUUCCUGCAGCUUCCCCAUACGCAUGCCUGGAGACAAGCGGUCUCCCCGGAUCACGGGGCUCUGUCCCUUUGGCUCCCGGGAGAUCCUGGUGGCGGAUGAGCAAAAUAGAGCUCUGAAACGUUUCUCCCUCAACGGGGACUACAAGGGCGCUGUGCCGGUCCCCGAGGGCUGCUCCCCAUGCAGCGUGGCUGCUCUGCAGGAUGCAGUGGCCUUCUCAGCCGGCGCACGGCUCUAUCUCAUCAGCCCUGAUGGUGAGGUGCAGUGGCGCCGGGCCCUGAGCCUGUCCCAGGCCAGCCAUGCGGUGGCCGCACUGCCGAGUGGGGACCGGGUGUCUGUCAGUGUUGCAGGCCACGUGGAGGUGUACAACAUGGAGGGGAGCCUGGCAACGCGAUUCAUCCCUGGGGGCAAGGCCAACCGGGGCCUGCGGGCGCUGGUGUUCCUGACCGUCAGCCCCCAGGGCAAUUAUGUGGGGUCGGAUUGGCAGCAGAAUAGCGUGGUGGUCUGUGAUGGGCUGGGCCAGGUGAUUGGGGAGUACAAGGGGCCAGGCCUGCACGGCUGCCAGCCAGGCUCCGUGUCUGUGGAUAAGAAGGGCUACAUCUUUCUGACCCUUCGAGAGGUCAACAAGGUGGUGAUCCUGGACCCUAAGGGGUCACUUCUGGGUGACUUCCUGACGGCCUAUCACGGCCUGGAAAAGCCCCGGGUGACCACCAUGGUGGAUGGGAGGUACCUGGUCGUGUCCCUUAGUAAUGGGACCAUCCACGUCUUUCGGGUUCGUUCUCCUGACAGUUAAAGGGGCUAGGACUGGGGGUCGGGGGGUGGGAAGGGGC